GAUCUUGUGACCGUAUUAUCAGAAAUCUGUAAUCAUCAGCGUAUAUAGGCUCAUAAAAUACACCCUGUAUGCUUUGUCAAACUGUUUUUUUGGGGGUUUUUUUCUUCUUUUUUUCCUUCAGGUUAACCACAGUGAGUAUCGGUGUCUGUGGCAACCUGACCUGGAUUUAGGCAGCUAUUAUAAUAAAUGCUGGCUGUCUGCUGUCAAUGCCCUUAAAGGCAUGUGUCACAAAACACAAAAGAUAAUGUAUCAAGAAGGUUGGAAUUAUUGUGCUGCUGUUAUUUUCUCUUUAUUUAUUUUUUUCUUUACCAAAGCCCUCCCAUCUUCCCCUUUUUGUUGAAUUAUUUACACAGCCCUCUGUUUGGAAGUAGCUUAUGUUACAAGCUACAGAUCAUUUGAAUGUCUGAUGCUCUGAGGCUGGACAGCGUCAUACCCAUUUAUUUAAUUGAUAAUUUUCCUGUGAAAGUCAAUAUUAUGAUAGAAAUCUAUUAUUUACAUGUUCAAUUUAGUGUUGCAGGACAGGGGAGGACAUCCAAUUUCUCUUGGCUGCAACACCCCCCAAACCACACACACACACAACCCUUUAAUCUCUAAUUUGUUCCUGUUUGUUGCACUGUGUCGGCUUCUCUGUGGGAGGGUCCCAGCCAGCUAAAAUGCCUGGCAACUGUAACCAAGGGGCAGGGAUAGCCAGACUUGGUCACUGCCAUGUUUAAGUGAUUUGAAGAAAAGAGAAAGGGAGAAAAAUAACACGAGGACAGAAAGAAAUUGGGGCAAGGAGCUGUAGGAGAAAUGAAAGAGGGUAAACACCUUUCAUUCGUUUUACAUGGGAAUGAUCUUGCUCUGUCUCAAGGAAGAUUGGGGAAAGAGAGAGAGAGGCAGAUGGGCAUCUUUGAGGAGUUGAAAGAGAAGCAGGACCUCAGGUGCAGCUCAUAGGGAAGGCGGGGAAAGUGUGUGUGCAUGUGAGCGAGAGAGAGAGAGAGAGAGCGAGCCUGGCAGAAACGGAGGGAGCGUGUGAAAAAGAUAGAGCACAAGUGCGAGCGAAUGAGUGAGCAGGCGAGCGAGAGAGCAGGAGAGAGAGAGACGCUGAAAGGGGAGAGGGAAGUGAAAGCCACUCGCAGCAUCUCUUUCCCACUGCGCCAGCGGUCCAGGGCUGCUUAUCACUUCUGCGCUGCUGCUUCUUUAUGCUUUUGUUUUUGUUACCAGUUUUCUUUCUGAUCAUUGUUUACUCCGUUCAGAUCAUCAUCUUGAAUUUUUCGGGUUAAUUUUUUCUUUAAUUGCUCAAUUGUGUCUUUGGGUACAUACAGUCAAAGGACUUGUCAUAUUGCUGGAUCCGCUUACUGAAGAAUAUGACAGCAGGACCAUGCGGACUCUUUACCUGUAUCUCCGACAGAUUGUUUUUUUUUGCUUCCAGUGUCGUCAUGUGUUGCUUAAUGAAGUUCUGCUGACAGAAAAAAAAGGAUGAAAAUCAGUAGGGAAACUGUCGCAUUUGGACUUCAAACUGACAAGUGAUUGAAUUGAGGCAUACAUUUGCAAUGAUCUUUGCACACUGAAAACGGGAUAUGCAGAGAUUCUGGGCACCUGGGAGAGAACCUGUUUGUUUGGAGAAAUAUGGAUGCAUGUGUAACGGCUAGGUAUCAAAACUCGAAUCACUUUUUCAGGAUACCCGAAGAGAUCGUUAUACCUCGUGAGAUGUUUUUUUAAAUGAUUUCAUUUUAGUAGGAUGACCUUUUUAAUAUUUUUAAUUUUUUGUCAUGCUUGUGAUGUCAAAUUCAGCGAAAAGUAAAUGAAUUUGAAGAAAACAGCAAAGUCAGUCUUCAUGGCAGAUCUAUUCUGAAAUUUUGACAUUUUGCUCAAGCUGUGGACACCUAAACACUGCAGUCUGGAAACACUGGGCAGAAACAACACAAGCUGCUAUAGUGUAUUGCGAGUUUAUGUACAGUGUGUGUAGAUUUGGAUUUUGGACAUUAAAAAGCUCACAGGCGGGUCCAGGUAACAGCCAUGAGGUCCUUUCUACUAACGUCACUUUAAAAACCUCGCACAUUUAUUUUAAUUCAGACAAGGAAUAUGCUGAAUCCACUGUGGUAUGACUAAAGAAAAUGAUUGCCAUUGAAGUACAGUAUGUAAUUUCCCCUGUUCUUCGAAAUGAGUUUUUUUAUAUUAUUUGUUUGAAAAGGUGUAAAUCAAAUACUUUCACUAAUAUUCAUUGCUGAUAAUCUUGCGUGGCAAGUGCGGGGGAAACUGUAAUGCCUGAUCCCUAAUUGCGAUGAUUUUGACCUCAAAUACUUUACUCUUUACCCUUGCGAGGGCCGUAAAAAAAAAAAACAGUAGACAUUAAUGUUGCAGCUUGUCAGGGAAGCUCUGCCCGCUGUGGUAAAUGGUUCCAGUAAUCAGCACUGACAUGAUGCUCUUUUCUAAUGCCUACCAUCUUCAUUGCCAGUAGUCUUUAGUUCAUAACUUUUUUUUUUCAACAAGCAUGACUAAAUGGGGAAGAAACCUGGGCUUUUUUUCUCCUCUUUUGCCAGAUAUCUUCAUUUUUGCCUGUGCUUAUUUCUAUGAGGCCCAGCUAUGUGCGAAUCAAAGGUGAGAAGAAAAAGAAAAUUAGAUAGAGUUGUGUUUGCUGAAGGACAUUACAGACAAAGGGCAAACAGAGUUUUGGAUGCAGUCUUUCUACAUUGAGUGAGGAACCAAGGAAAUUGGAACUACUUGACUUCACCAGGACAAUGAACCAGUCAGGAUUGAUUGAGCCUGUCCCAACUGGAAACGGGAGUUUUGCGAGUAUGUCCCUGAACCACUCGUGUCCUCUGGGUUGGGGACAAAAUGAGGGCAUGGCGACUUGCAUCUUAGAGACGGCUCUCAUUGUGCUGCUGACCGUACUUAUUAUUGCUGGGAAUUUGACGGUUAUCUUUGUGUUUCAUUGCGCCCCUUUGCUGCACCACUACACCACCAGCUACUUUAUACAGACUAUGGCCUAUGCAGACCUUCUGGUGGGGCUGAGUUGCCUGGUGCCCACUUUCUCUUUACUGCACUACCCAGCCGGUGUCCAAGAACCACUCACCUGCCAGGUGUUUAGCUACGUCAUCUCGGUGUUGAAGAGUGUUUCUAUGGCUUGCCUGGCCUGCAUAAGUGUAGAUCGCUACCUGGCCAUUACUAAGCCCCUGUCGUACAACCAGCUGGUGACACCGUGCCGUUUGCGCUGCUGCAUCAUCCUGAUCUGGAUCUACUCUUGCAUUGUGUUCCUGCCAUCCUUUUUUGGUUGGGGGAAGCCUGGAUACCAUGGGGACAUCUUUGAGUGGUGUGCUCAUUUCUGGCCGACCUCUGCUCUGUUUACUGGCUUUGUUGUGUGCCUGCUGUAUGCUCCGGCGGCCCUUGUGGUGUGCUUCACCUAUUUUCACAUCUUCCGCAUUUGUCAGCAGCAUAAUCGGGAGAUCAGCGAGCGAAGGGCUCGUUUUCCCAGCCAUGAGAUGGAGGCUAGUGAGGGAGGGCACCAUACAGGUCACGGCCCUGACAGACGCUAUGCUAUGGUGCUCUUUCGCAUCACAAGUGUCUUCUACAUGCUCUGGCUUCCCUACAUCAUUUAUUUUCUCCUGGAGAGCUCCCACAUCUUGGACAGCCCUGCGCUGUCUUUCAUCACCACCUGGUUAGCGAUCAGCAAUAGCUUCUGCAACUGCGUCAUCUACAGUCUGUCCAACAGCGUGUUCCGGCUCGGCAUGCGUAGGCUCUCGCAGACGCUCUGUUCCUCCUGCUCUUUCAGCCCUUGUGCCCAUGAUGACAAGGACUUCAGAGAGCCAAAGCCUAGGAAGAGAGCCAACUCGUGUUCAAUCUGAAGAAGUUGUCUUGAGCUGCUAAUUAUUAUAUCAAGGGACAAUUUCAAGGGAAGAAAUUGUAGAACUCGGUUUUUGGAUUUGUGCAAUUAAUAUAAUAACUUGAUGAUACAUUUGUUUAUCAUUACUGAAAGAUUCGCCUUGUUGGGUUCCACCAGAUCUCAUCUGAACCACACACAGGUUGACCUCCUGUCCUGUAAAUAAUAAAGUGGCAUCCGCCUCGGUAGUGUAAAUAUCACCAAAUGGUUGGUGGGUACAAACAUAGCCUGGUUGGAUGGUUUUUUAGCAAAAUAUGCAAAGCCAGACUGUAAUCCAGCACCACACUACCAUCUCCACAAAAAAAAAAAAAAACCUCACACAGAAAAAAAAAUAAUAAUAAUAAGGUGAACUGGUCUGAAACUGGUUAUUGUUACUGAUGUCUCUUUGUGAAUGCUAUAUUGAUAGAGGUUAUAGAUUUUUAGAUUUUUGAUGAAUAUAUUUUUUACAUUCAACUACAUCUGCUACCAGAAUGGCUGCUAUAUCAAGAAGACAUUGCUUCACGUGAACAUUUCAGUAAAUAUUAAAAGGGACAAAAAUCAUUUGAAGCAUGUGGCACAAUCACAGCAAACCUUGGCAUAUGGACCUUUGUUAGUGUCCCUGUUAUAGCACAGCACACCUCCGAUUGAGAUGGGUCCAAAUAGCUUGACAGCAAAGACUAAUAUUGGAAUUGGAUUAUUUAUUUAUUUAUUUUUUAAUUGCGCAAAGUCAAACGCAUUCAGUUCAAGUCAUCGAUAUGCAUUCCAAAUGUCAUCCUUUUUUAAUAGAGAUGCUGAAUCAUUACGUACGCACAAUAUUAUCAGUGCCAUUAGUAGUCGUGAAAUGUACCUUAGUUCCCAGUGGUAUUACACCUUGGCAGUAUGUAAUUAAACCUGUUCACCUGCAGUGGCUCUGUGACCCUCUGAAAACCACACAACACGGCAAACUCAACAUUUUUUUUUUCUGUUUAAUCAGCAUAAGGUUCAGUUGAAGUGCACAUUUCCUGGUAUGCAAGCAAGCCAUUUUGUUUGCACCUGUGAUUUUCAGUACUUAUAUUUGUCUGUGCCUCAGAUAUAUGAAGGAAUUCAUUUUUUAUUUACUUUUAUACAGUAGGACUUUUUUCCAUAUAUAUUUGAUUCAUCACGCAUAACCUUGCCUGUCCUUUGCUAGCCUUUAUAUGUUAAUAAAUUUAUUUGAAAUCAUACUGAGCGAGCAAAGUAAAUCAUGACAUAUCAACAAAUAUAGUUAAUCACAUAGAAAUAGUUUCAUAUAAUUUAUUCUGUGUAUUUGUUCCUUUAGUUGCUUUCAGAUGUUUUGAUUCAUUGUGUAGUCUGCAAAUAAAACUCCAGAGUUUUUUUUUUCUUUUUCAUGACAUAUUAAUCUUACCCAUGAAAACUUUGAGUCUUAAACUAAAGACGUCCAUUCUCCAUCUUUGGGUGGAUUAGGGAAAACCACACAUUUAAAAAGUUCCUUCCAAUUUAGAAAUAAGGAAAUUUUGUGACCUGUUAGGAAAUCUCUGUGAAAUAUGCUGGUGGGUUUGUAUUUACUAAAGUGACAUAUUGACAAUUACAUGAAAAACUGUUGCUGAAUUCUUGUCAGUUUACGCUUGUCCUUAAUAUGUAGGUGAAUCUCUCAAGUUGUGAAAUAAAUAUAGUCAACUUCACCAUCACAGAGAACAACUAGCUAUAGUUGAUGUCUAUACAAGAAGAGACAAAUGAGGACAUCACAACAUUGGUGUGCUGUUGAAAUUUCAAUAUUUUUAACGAUAAAUGAUCGAUCUAUUUAUUUAUUUAUUUUGCAACAUCCACAUGGAUAUGAUAGCUGGUAAAUUGGAGUUUAUAUGUGUAGCUGUAUUUGUAUUGCUGUACAGCUGGUGUGUUACCUUCUGAAAUUGUAUGGUUAUCUAGCGAUGGCACAUUGCAUAGUGUAGGUUGCUGAUGUUAAUUUAACCUUUUUUUCCUGGUUUUUUUCACUAAGCAAAAAAAAAGAAAAAAAGAUACAGUAUAUAUUUUUUUAUUUUGGAGGUUUUGUGAGAAACUAUGGUUUUCUGUUGCCGCCAGUACAAUAAAAAUGAACAGAGAAUACUU